GCGUAUUAAGGUGUGUGUCAAACCAUAAAAGUAUAUUCACAUUCAUUAAUCGUUAAUAUUUUAAACGGGAAUUUUCACUCUACAGAUUGUAAUGCUGUCAAAUCAAAUAAAUUUCUAAAUUCCUCUCAGAUCUACGAAGAGAACACAACAGGGAUAAUAUUAUGACUGGAAUAAGGAAGAAUGACCCAUCUCAGGAUAAGACAACCAAUGGGUUUUCAAAUCAGCAUACCAAUAAUUUGACAGGAGAAGAAAAUAUUAACAUCGAUGAGUUCCGAGCCAACGUUGAACUCAUGAAUCGGUUGAUGGCAGAGAGUGUGAAAGACUUAGAAAAAGGUGCAAAAGGGAAAACUAAGAAAACCCCAAGUGAUACGAUCAUCGACGGAAAUUUCCUCAGCGCCGUCUUCGCAGUUGUGUUUCUAAUGAUAAUUUGUGUUAGCGUCUAUGCUUUUUAUAACCUAUUCGUAGCAAUAUUAAAGAAGUUUCCAUCAAAACAUACUGAGCUAUAAGCUAAAAUUCA